AUGGAGACAUCAGUGCCGCGGGAGGCCCCAUCCCAGCAGCCGCUCAUCAUGCAGAUCGUCGUCCGCCGGGACCUCCUUGAGGCGGAAGGCUGGGGCGUAGGGCCGCUCAUGGCUCAGGUCGCACACGCCACCUCUGCGGUCCUGCAUGAGACCCGGGAGCGUACGGAGACACAGGCGUACCUUGACGAUCUGAAGAAUAUGCGGAAGGUUGUCAUGCAGACUGCCGAUCAGGCGAGCAUCGAACGUCUUGCUAGCCUCCUCGCCGCCGCCGACCCGCCGAUUCAGCACCAUCUCUGGAUCGAGCAGCCUGAGAACGUCCCGACGUGCCUCGCGCUGGCGCCCAACCGGCGCGAGUCCAAAAUCAAGAAGGCCCUUGACAAGUCCGGGGCGCGACUGUGGAAAGGUUGA